AUGUCUUCUCAGUCUACAGUUAGAGUGCAAAGAAGUGGCCGGAGUGGCUUCAGUGCCUCCUCGGCCAUAGCCCCUGGAGUCCGGUCAGGUUUCAGCUCUGUGUCUGUGUGCCGCACUGGAGGCAGUGGUGGCUUUGGAAGGGCUUGUGGAGUCUCUGGAGGAGCUGGUUUUGGCAGCCGAAGCCUUUACAGUUUAGGGAGGUCAAAGAGGAUCUCCAUGGCAGGGAGCAGCUGUGGCUUCCAGACUGGAUAUGGAGGAAGAGUAGGCGGUGGAUAUGGUUUCGUCAGUGGAGUCGGUGGUGGCUUUGGUGGUGGAGCUGGCUUUGGUGGUGGAGCUGGCUUUGGUGGUGGCUAUGGGGGAGCUGGGUUUCCCGUCUGUCCCCCUGGUGGCAUCCAAGAAGUCACUAUCAACCAGAGUCUUCUGACACCCCUCAACCUGCAAAUUGACCCCACCAUCCAGAGGGUGAGGACAGAGGAACGGGAGCAGAUCAAGACCCUCAACAACAAAUUUGCUUCCUUUAUUGACAAGGUGCGAUUUCUUGAACAACAAAAUAAGGUUUUGGAAACCAAAUGGACACUGCUCCAGGAGCAGGGCACCAAGACUGUGAGGCAGAAUUUGGAGCCAAUGUUUGAGGCCUACAUUAGCCAACUCAGGGCUCAACUGGACAAAACCACAAAUGAGAAGGGUUAUCUUGAUUCUGAGCUGAGAAAUAUGCAAGAUCAAGUGGAGGACUUCAAAAACAAGUAUGAAGAUGAAAUCAACAAACGCACAGCAGCAGAGAAUGAAUUUGUGACACUAAAGAAGGAUGUCGAUGCUGCCUACAUGAAUAAGGUUGAGUUGCAAUCCAGGACGGAUUCUCUCAUGGAUGAAAUCAACUUCUUGAGAGCCCUCUUUGAGGCAGAACUGGCCCAGAUGCAGACCCACAUCUCUGACACCUCUGUGGUUCUGUCCAUGGACAACAACCGCUCUCUGGAUCUGAAUGGCAUUAUUGCUGAAGUCAAGGCUCAGUAUGAAGAUAUUGCUCAGAAGAGCAGAACUGAAGCCGAGUCCUGGUACCAGACCAAGUAUGAGGAACUGCAGAUCACAGCUGGCCGUCAUGGGGAUGACCUCCGCAAUACCAAGCAUGAGAUCUCUGAAAUGAACCGAAUGAUCCAGAGGCUGAGAGCUGAGAUUGACAACGUCAAGAAGCAGUGUGCUAACCUGCAGAAUGCUAUCGCUGAAGCUGAACAGAAGGGUGAGAUGGCUCUCAAGGAUGCCCGAAUCAAACUAGAUGAGUUGGAAAAUGCUCUUCAGAAGGCCAAGCAGGAUAUGGCCCGCCAACUUCGUGAAUACCAGGAGCUGAUGAACGUCAAGCUGGCCUUGGAUGUAGAGAUUGCAACCUACAGGAAGCUGCUGGAGGGAGAAGAGUGCAGAAUGAGUGGAGAGGGUGUUGGACCAGUCAAUAUCUCUGUUGUGAGCUCCACCGUCUCCAGUGGUUAUGGCGGCAGCAGUAGUAGUGGCAUUGGCGGUGGUUUUGGCAUGGGUGGAGGAAGUGGCUAUUCCUAUGGGAGCAGCAGCAGUCACAGUCUGGGAGGAGGACUCAGCGUUGGAGGAGGCUUCACUGCUGGCAGUGGCAGAGGCUCCAUGGGCGGCAGCAGCAGCAGUAUAAAGUACACCACAACCUCAUCUUCCAGUAGGAAGAGCUACAAGCAUUAA